AUGCAUUUCAGCUGGGUUCCUCCUGUACAAUCAUCCAGAUCGAUGUUCAGAACAAACACCUCGACUAUUGUUCUGAUAUUGGGGAGUGCCCUUUUGAUAUUCGUCAACGCAAACGAGCUUUCUCGAUGCUGUGGAGGAGGAGCUCGGCAUUUUCAACAGACGCAUACCUGCUCCAACCUGAAAUCAGAAGGAUCGAAAGUAACAUGUCUGAGAACGGCAUCGAUAUGUUGCUUACGUGCAUUAUUGGAUUCCGCAUGUGAAGAGGGUACUGAUCUGGCAAAACAGGACGAAACGUGCCCGUCUAGUAUAAACUCACUGGGCGGAGGGUUACGAAAGGAAUGCUGCGAGUGUUGCUUGCUGGCGAGCGAAUUGCUGGCAAGAAAUCAGCCCUGCACGCCACCAACGGGAUUCUCAGCCGCAUGUCUGAGGUCCUUCUCACGUUGCUGUCAAGGCUCAUUCGAGUUCACCCAGACAAUUCCGAUAUCAACUGGUCGACCAGUCUUUCCAGUCUCGGAAACCAACUCCGUCUACCUGGGUGAUCGAUGCGCACAUUCGAAAUGUGAACACCUCUGUAAUGAUCGAGGUGGAGAAAGCGUUGAAUGCACCUGCAGGCCUGGAUACGACUUGGGUCCAGACGGGCAGAGCUGCGUCGAUCGUGAUGAGUGCCUGUCGUCGAAUCCACCAUGUGAAAAAGCACGAGAAAUCUGCAUCAAUACAGUUGGCAGCUACCAGUGUCGACGUAGAAGAUGGACGCUUCAUUCGGAUCAGGCAGAACACCCCCGAUUCGUCCGGAGACGAGACGGCAACCGUCGCAUUGCACCUGAAAACGAGCAGUCGUCAUUCUCACAAAGCUAUUUAGAAGCUGCUCUGAGAAAAAUUGAACUGGUUUGCCCACCGGGAUGGCAGCCAAAGGACGACAAGUGCCUGGAAGCUGCUCUGAGAAAAAUUGAACUGGUUUGCCCACCGGGAUGGCAGCCAAAGGACGACAAGUGCCUGGACAUUGACGAAUGUCUGCUGUUGAUGGAUGAUUGCCUGGAAUCGCAACGAUGCCUGAAUUUACCAGGGUCGUUCAAGUGUAUUCGAACACUUUCGUGUGGAACCGGCUACGCUAUGGACUCAGAGACCGAGGAGUGCAUUGACGUGGAUGAGUGCACCCUUGGUGCUCACGAUUGUGGUCCCCUCUAUCAAUGCCGCAAUACACAAGGAAGCUACAGGUGUGAUCCGAAAAAGUGCGCUGAAGGUGAGAUACAAAAUCCUGUCACGGGUGAGUGCACCAGUAUCGACUGUCCCCUCGGUUACUAUCCAUCUGGUGGAACUUGUCACGAUGUCGACGAGUGCACAACUGACCCUUGCAGUCCAACAGAGGAGUGCGUGAACACGGCCGGCUCGUUUCGGUGUCAGCAGAGAGGUAAUAUCUGCUCAGCCGGAUAUGAAGUCAAUCCGAACACCGGAUUUUGUGACGGUCUGUCUUUAUUGUUUGAAUUUGGAUGA